AUGGUAAACGAUGGUGAUGGGCCAUUUGGCCCCGUCGUUAACGGCACUCAAAUCGUGUUCUACGAGUACCGACCAAAUGCUGGCGCAGGUUGGACAUUUCUUGUCCUAUUCGCUGCCGGAUCUCUCCUGCAUACAGGCUACAUGUUCUGGCUACGAGCAUGGCACUUCCUCCCCUUCAUCCUGGGUGGCAUAGAACGAACAGGAGAGGCGUUCGGUUACUAUGGCCGUGCAAAAGCUUCCGAAGACCCCGUCGCCGUCGGACCCUUCAUCAUGCAGAACCUCCUCAUUCUCGGAUCUCCGCCUCUCUUCGCUGCAACAAUCUAUAUGAGCCUCGGACGUAUCGUCAUAGCACUUGACCUCCGACGACAUGCGAUAAUUAGCCCUCGACUUACCGCCUUCUUCUACGUUGUUGUCGACAUUGGCUGUUUUGUGACACAGGUGUUUGGUUCGAUAAUGCCAGCUUCAGGAGACCCAUCCGCCCUUGACAUGAGCAAAAAACUAAUUAUGGGUGGUUUGCUGGCGCAAUUGAUUGUCAUCUGUCUUUUCGCACUAUCUUGCUGGCACUCACAUCGAUGGGCCAAAAGAGAGGGACCGAACCUCAACGCAACCCAUGCCGGGAUUAACUGGAACAAGUACUAUCGGAUGACAUACCUUGUGGCACUUUUGAUGUUUAUCAGAAGUUUGGUGAGGGGCAUCGAAUACCUCGAAGGACAAGGAGGAUAUAUAAUGUCGCACGAGGUUUUCAUCUAUCUUUUCGAUGCUGUAUUGAUGGUUGCUAUCAUGGCGUUGUAUCUUUGGAUUCAUCCAGGGAGAUUGGUUCGGGAUGUGGGUCGCUUCAAGAAUGACGGAUUCAGGGAGGAGCGAAGCAUCAUGCUGGAAAGACGGUGA